UUUUGAUCUUGAUUUAACCCCGCCAUCCUUGGUGCGUUAUCUCGGUGGGUGAGAUAUCUCUGUUAAGAAGACGACAACAAAGCGGACUACAACAUCAGCUUCUUUGACCAACACUACAUACACUCGUUAACAACUUUCAUCAUGGUACAUGCGCAUGCGCAUCGUGACCAUGUCGCCACCCUCCAAGCGCGAAGCCCAGACAACAAUGAUGUGACUGUGGUCUAUGUGACUCUAUCUGCCGACUUUGACGGGCCUAUCGGUGGGUACGUGACGAUGUCGCGGACGACCUCUGAAAAGAGUAACAAGGCAACAGCCGGCCUUGGAGCUCCUGUUCAACAGACUCGAUCAUCAUCAAAGGAGGACGCAAACACGACCCAUACAAGCGAGGAAACAAAGGUCGAGGCCACAGCGACUGCUACUAGGGAUACCGAUAUUCAAGCUGCUACCACGCAGAAGGCAGAGCAAACUACUCACGCUUCCAAAGCAGCAACCAAUGAACAGGAUCAAGCAUCGGCAACUCGGACUACGUUUCUAACCAGCUCCUCGUCUUCCACUUCGACAAUGACCGGUCUAGAAGAUACUGCCGCCUCUACCUCGCCAAGUGUUCCAGCAGCAUCGGCCUCUCCCACCGCUACGCCUGUCUCGCAGGGCCUCAGUGGAGGUGCAAAGGCCGGAAUCGCGAUAAGCGUGAUACUGGCAGUCGGAUUGGUUGCAGUAUUUAUUCUCCUAUGGGUCCGCAAGAAGAAACAAGGCCAGCAUGUCCAGGAAGUCGAGCCUGAGAAUGAGAAGUACUUGCGCCAAGAUGAUUUUGCGCCCCUUCCCCCUCCAAAGUCGGAAGCCGUGACAUCAUCCAGUCCGCCUCAGCUCAACAUUCGCCCUGUUACUCAAUUCGCGCCAUUCGCAUCGGAUUCCGCCUCGAACGGUACUACGGUUGGACUUGCUGCAGGUGGCACACUUGCACCUAUCGCUGAAUCUGCAGUCGCCAGUCGCUCUCUCACGGACAAUCCUUCACCGCCACAUACGCCGCAAUCGAGUUCAGAUCCAUUCGGUGACCCUGUCAAUCCCUUCAGCAACCAUGCGGAAACCCCAUCUCCUCUUGCUUCGAGCACUGCACUUAGCGUCUCAUCCGCUCCCGUUCCUCAAAGUACGGAAGAGAAUGCAUCUGCUCCGGAGGUUACCGAGGAGAUCGCGCCUGUGUUGAGUGCCGCUGAGUCUGAGCCGGUUCACGAAGAAGCUGUCGUUACUGGUGUUGCGGCGGCAGCGGCUGUUGGCGUUGCAGCUGUGGCUACUUCUACUCCGAAGGCAGAAGAAAAGCAACUGCCCGUAUCCCCCGAAAAUGUCUCGACGGGUUCUCAAUCCAUACCCCGUAAGGCCAUGCCAGAUUUUACUCCCACAACCCCUACCCCGAUGACGCCCAUAGCUGCUCCUGUCCCUGCUGGACCACCUCCUCCAGCUUCCGGGCCUGGACCUGCACCAGGAAAUGUGCAUCGCGUACAACUGGACUUUAACCCCUCAAUGGAUGAUGAGCUGGAACUUCAUUUCGGUCAGCUUGUCAGACUGUUGCACGAAUAUGACGACGGAUGGGCUCUAUGCACUAGACUCGACCGGUCGCAACAGGGCGUUGUUCCUCGAUCUUGUCUUUCUUCGCGACCUCUCAAACCUCGCCCGCCUCCGGGUCCUGGGCUCCGUGGCCCUCCAAUGGCAGCACCCAACCGUCCCAUGCCCCCUCGGCCCACAACGCCAUCCUCCAACUUCAAUCCUCCAGGACCAAGGCCACAGUCACCUGCUCGCCCAAUGUCGCCUGGCCAACGCGGCUACGCCGGUCCUAUGCCGCUGCGUCCUCACGCCCAGCGCCCCAUGUCCCCUGCUCAGGUUUCACCUGCUCCCAGAUCAUUCUCUCCAGGGCCGGGGCCCAGACCGAUGGUUCCUAGGUCAAUGAGCCCUGGACCUUACGGACUUCCUGGAAUGCAGAAACCCUACAUGCCGGCAAGCGAGCGGCCACGAAGCAACAGUACCGGUGCUGCCAUGGGCCCAAGCCCUCGGCAAGGUGGGCUCCCGAGUCGGAGUCCCUUGGGAGGUCCGAUGAUGCCACCAGUGUCCACCAUCCCCAGAGCCACACCGACAAUCGUCCAGAGCCCUGCCUCAGACAAUGGCGUCAAGGAAUGGUAAACUAGGCUUAC